AUGGCCAUUCUAAGCUGUGGUUAUAAGUGUCUGAAGAUCCUUUUAGUGAUAUUCAAUAUCCUAAUUUUCGCAUGUGGAAUUGCUUUAAUAGUGAUCGGAAGUCUUUCUCGAAUUGCUAUUAAUAAUUAUUCUUCUGGAAUCGACUCAAAUAUCAAAAAUCUCGUCUUCUUCGUGAUAGUACUCGGAUGCUUCCUAUUUUUGCUUGGAUUUUUCGGAUUUUGUGGGCUGUCUACCGAAAAUACUUGUUGUCUAAUCGUGUACACAGUUCUGCUUUCAGUUAUGGUUGCAGCUGAAAUAGCAGCAGGAAUAGCGGCUGUUGCACUAAAGAAAGAUGUGAAAACUCAAUUCCUAUCUUCGGUUAAGAGCCUCGUUCCUGUAUAUGAUAAUAAUCCUGACUUACAGAAAUUACUAGACAAGAUACAACAAGAGUUUCAAUGUUGCGGCUCUGAAUCGUCAAACGACUACACAUCGGUUGGACAAACCAUCCCUUAUUCAUGUAAAAAUCCAACAACCAAGGUUAUAUACUCAAAUGGUUGUUUAAACAAAGUAAUCUCCUUCUUAGAAAAAUAUAUCGUUGCCGUCUCAGCAACGGCAUUUGCAGUUGCAAUCCUUCAAUUAUCGUGUGUCGUUUUCGCUGUCUGUGUUAUCCGAGCUACCAAAUCUGGUGAUUCCUACUAUGAUUAG